AUGUCGCAACCUAAACUCGCAAUCCUAGACGACUACCAAAACAUCUCCCCUCCCCACUUUGCCCAUCUCGAAUCCCGCAUCUCAAUCUCCUACUUCCCUGAAACGCUCGACCCCCGCGAUGAACGCCAACGCGCACUCCUAAUCGAGCGCCUCCAGCCCUUCGAUGUGAUCCUCGCCAUGCGUGAACGUACCCCCUUCUCCAAGGAAACGCUCUCCGCACUCCCGAAUUUGAAACUCCUCCUGACGACGGGAACCCGCAAUCUCGCCCUGGAUGUGGCAUACUGCGCUGAGCGCGGGAUUCCGGUCGCCGGAACCGCGGGCCGACCGGCAGGUAUCCAUUCUACGGUGCAACAUACCUGGGCUUUAAUCCUGGGGUUGGCGCGACACGUCGCGCGGGAUGAUGCAGCUGUUAAGCGUGGAGAGUGGCAGGGAUCGCUUGGGAUGACGCUGGCGGGGAAGACGUUGGGACUACUUGGGCUGGGGAAGUUGGGGUCGCAGGUGGGAAGGAUCGCGCUGAUUGCCUUUGACAUGAAGGUGAUUGCGUGGUCCACGAAUCUGACGCAGGAGAAGGCCGAUGGGCAGGCGGCGGCAUUGGGGUUGCCGCCGGGGAGUUUUCAGGUGGUUCGGGACAAGGCCGAAUUCUUUCGCAGCGCGGAUGUGGUUAGCCUGCAUAAUGUGUUGUCGGAGCGGAGUCGGGGCAUUGUGGGCGCGGCUGAGUUGGGGGCUAUGAAACCGUCGGGUAUUCUGGUGAAUACGUCGCGGGGUCCGUUGGUGGAGGAAAAGGCCCUGUUGGAGACGUUGAAUGCGGGACGGAUUCGUGGGGCUGCGCUGGAUGUCUUUGAUCCCGAGCCUUUGCCCAAGGAUAGCCCCUGGCGGACGACGGCGUGGGGUCAGGAGGGACGGAGUGAAGUGGUGUUGUCACCGCAUACCGGGUAUGGCGACGAACAGAUUCAUGGGUGGUAUGAUGAGGUGGCAGACAACUUGGACAGGUGGUUGAAGGGAGAGGAAUUGAACACACGCUUGAAUUGA